UGAUACUUUCUUGUUUCCAACAUGUCUGCGCCCAUCAACCUGACCGACUAGAAGUUUCUCAUGGUGAUUUAGUCCAAAACAAAUAAUUAUUGAGUAUUUGACAAAGUAAACUAAAAAACUAUUGCAAAUUGUAAACCAAUAUAAUAACCAAAAUGUCGAAAAUCUCGCCACACGAGGAGAAAAUGUUGAACCUCCAAUACCAGAUGAAACAAAACAACCAAGAGUUACAGAGUUUUCUGAAGGACUUGGAAAGCUGGGAAUCAGAAAUAAAAGACAAGGAGAAGUCGCUCAAGGAGAAAGGAAAAUCGCAAGAUGAGAUACUGCCUCCAGUAAGAAACAGCUUAGAGAAGAAGAAACUAAAGAAGAAAGUAAAGAAGAAAAAGGGUGAAGCCAAACCAAAGCGUAUCAGCGCCUAUGACUACAGGUCCUGGGAUAAGUUUGAUGUGGACAAAGCAUGUGAAAAUCUUGACGAGAAUGGACCAUCAUCCUCAGAGGAGGAGUAUGAGACGGACGAGGAGUGGGAGACUGAGAGGAAGAAACAGGCUGCUGUCCUGGAGAAAGAUAAAGGCAAUGAGUACUUCAAGAAGGGAGACUACUCUAUGGCGAUAGAGUGCUACACCAGAGGGGCUGACCUUGACCCUACCAACCCCUUGCUGCCUGCAAACAGGGCCAUGGCCUUGCUCAAACAGGACAAGUUUGCAGCCGCUGAGCUGGACUGCUCUAUAGCGCUGACUCUUGACCCUCUGUACACGAAGGCCUACCUACGUCGUGGGACAGCCAGGCUGGGCCUAAACAAAUAUGAGGAGGCCAGAAGGGACUAUGAGAGGGUACUGCAGCUCGAACCUCAGAACAAACAGGCCAAAUCUGACAUCGAGUUGAUUGAAAAGGAGUUGGCCAAGCAGCAGAUGGUAUCUCAGUCCACAGCAGACGACAGUCAGGCCAGGCCAUCUGGUAUUGUGAAAGCCAUCACCAAACCACCAGGCCAGCGCUCUCAGAAACCACUCAGAAGGAUUGAGAUAGAGGAAGUUGGCUUUGAGGAUGCUCAUGAAGGAAAGGCAGCCAGCGCAAAGACACUAGAGGGAAAGAGUCGUAAAAUGAGAGACUUGGUGGAAAAGGAGACAAUGGACUUUCAAAAGUUUACUGUUAACUCACCUGCAGAUAUUGCAAAUAUGGCGUCGUACAGGUCAGACUCUAAAGGUGCUAGUGUUCAAGUGAAGGCUGAAACUCAGUCUGUUGUUGAAAACAAAUGGGAUGUAUCUGAAUAUCCUGAGACAGUUUCCAGUUGCACAAGUAACAUAGACAAUUUAGCAGCUAAUACAAACAUACAUGCUGCAGAGAAAACCGAUGGAUUAGUUAAAGACAACAGAUCACUGAACGAUGUGAGCUCAACACCAGAUGUUUCACGUGUGUCUAAGCAAUCUUCAUCCCAGUCAAGUUCGGUUCCUAAAAGCCAGAUUGCAACUUCUGUGCCUACAACCUCGGUGCAGUUCCAGGCAGAUUAUAGACAUCUGAAACAUGACAAAGAGCAGUUCUACCAGUAUUUUAAGAGAAUACCUCCAGCUGACUAUAGGACUCUGUUUGGUCAGUUCCUGGAUGCAGAUGUACUGGUCACCAUUCUGAAUGUACUGCAAGGGUGCUAUAUCAGGGAUCACGUGGACUGCUACCUGUGCCUGAAACACCUCGCUGAUGUCAACAGAUUCUCCAUGAUUGUCAUGUUUAUGUCAGGCAAAGACACACAAGUUUUGAAGACCAUCUUUAUCCAUCUGCGGGAAAUCGGUGAACACAGUGCGACAGAUAUAGACACGCUAGCAGUGAAAUAUGAAGUCAGAUGAUGCCUGGCAGAUGUGGAAUUACAUGGUGUAUAUGAGCUGGGUUGUGAAUGGUCUGAAUGCAUGUGCGUAAAGUGUUGUCCCAGAUUAGCCUUCAACAUGUGCUCAAGCAUAUCAAGGAGGACACUUGCCCAUAUCAAGGAGGACACUUGCCCAUAUCAGGGAAGACACUUGCCGAUUUUAUUUGAUAUUUCAUUUAUAUAUAUAUAUUGCUAAAAGAACAUGCCCUAAAGGCAGAGAGUGAUGUCAGUAUCCUGUGGGAACUGCACAGGCUAAUCUUGGACAACACUUUAUGUACAUGCAUUAAGCCCAGCUUUCGCAGAACGAGGCCCAUAUGAAAACACAAGGCUGACAGUUACGAUUGAUGACCAUGAAAUAUAUACAUGUAUUUGUGAAACAAUCCAUUCAUGAACAUGAACAAUUAAGUCUGAAAGUUGCAUAUCUGUUGUCCCUUUUUAUCAUAAUGGUAAUAAAUACAGAUUAUUUAUAUCAAUGUUUAUGAUGAUAAGAUUGACAUGCAUUUCUCGGCAUUCACUUGUUGAGCGUGUGGUUUAUAAAUACUUGUGUUAUGUACAUGAUUCAUUGAGAAAAUGUUAAUUAUGAGUCAGUUGGUGGAAAGAGUCCAUUACAGUGAUACAUCUAAUAUUCUACUUCUGUUGUGAUCAGCAGAACAUUUACUUUCAUGUACAUAUGAUGUCUGUCUGAAUUCUGGCAUGUACAGUACAUGAAUAACGUGCUCACACGCUUUUUGGGGUUGUAUUUGUGUGUCAUAAUGUUUGUGGAAUAAAAUAUUCUUCACAUUA